UAUGGGUUGACUGGUAGUUCGUUUCUGUCUUUCUUCCGAGCCAAUCGAGGGACUUCCCCAUACCUGUAGCUCCCGGCUUACUGCUGAAUAGGAGGAAACCCAACCUUGACUUUCGUGGUCUCUCUUUUUCUUUGGUUUUUCCAUCGCCCCCCCGGCGACCACAAGCAGAGUGGGAGGAAACGGAACAGAGUCGCAUGACUCACAAUGAGUGACCGAGACCCAACAUCCAAGGAAGAUAGCAGCGUGGGGGGAGUGCUCAAAGUGCUCGAGGCCUUGAAGCAAGCGUCUCAUGAGCUGCAAGACUCGGCCGAUUCCAACUCCCCCGCCAUGAAAACCCUACUGGAGCUGGAAACCGAGUCGGAUUCCAUUCUCUCCAAGGACCCCCACCUCUCCAACCUGGCCCAUCACCUCGCCAACCUCCGAACCCUCAUCCACAAGUCUCGAGGUGGCUUCAGCCUCACAUCCUUCCUCUCUCGACGCUCUCCCACUCACUCCAUCUCCCGGGUGGCCGAGUCGAUUGAGUCCGAAAUCCAGGCAUGGAUCGACAGGGAGACCAUCGAGAAGCUGAUCGUAGCUCUCUCAAACAAGGAUAGGAAUAGGGAUGGGGAUGACAUCAUCAGGCUCGUGGCUCAGCUCGAGAGGCGUGUUUCACAAGGAUUCGACCCGGAGCUGCAGGAUAUGGUGCUGAAGUCGAAGCUGCUCCUGCGGCUGGAUGCCAUAUUGUGCGACCCCAGCUGCUCAACAAGUACCUGGGAGCAUGCGGCCUAUGCGGUUGCAGCCUUUAUCCGAUUCAACAAGGAUGUGUUCGUGGGUCAAGUAUCCAUGGCGGCAACCGUGCAGGCCUUGAUCGCGAUCGGUACCCCGGACUCCCUGAGAGUGCUCUGUUCACUGGUCAAAUCCAUCAAGUCCCCGCUGGUGGAUGAGGUCCAGUCCAAUGGGGAGAUACCCAACAUCAUAAGCUUCCUGGACUCUGAGGACGUGCAGACACGGUUGGUGGCCAUGGAGUGCAUCCUGGAGAUUGGCUACUUUGGGAGGAAAGAGGCGAUCGAGGCGAUGCUCAAGGCAGGGCUGAUAGAGAAGCUGGUGGAGCUGCAGUGGUCAGAUCUCGGGGGCGACCUGAUCGGCUUGGGGAGGCACGAGAAGGAGAGAAGCGGGAGGAGAUUUCUAGAGAGCCAUCCUUUUGCAAGCUGUGUGGCGAGAUUCGCGGUGCAGCUGGAGGUCGGGGAAGGGUUGAGGCAGAGGGAGCGGAGAGCCUUCAAGCAGCAGAUACUGAUCAGGGUCAGGGAGGCUUCCUCGUCUGAUGCCGAGGCUGCUACUAUUGUUGCUGAGGUUUUUCUUUGAUGAUUCAAAAUUCCGGUUUGCUACUCCAAGAGUUAGGAAAUGAGGGAGGUGUUCAAUUUCCAUUUGUCAAUUGAAUCAACUAAUGAGAUUGUCCACUGUUUUCUUUCUUGUUUUCUUUCCUGUAGCCGUUUAGUUAUCGGAAAAGUUUAGCAUGAAAAAGGAUGGAAAUGCAGGCCAAACGGUCAUAGUUGUCUUUCCAUUCUCUGCCUAGUGUAGUCCCUACCGUGAUCCUUUCUUGUGUGUGUAUAUAUAUAUAUAUAUAUAUUCAUGUUAUGGGAAAUUCUUUAA